AUGGAACAAAGACAUCCUGGAUAAGAAGCUAAAAAUGUCCUAGAAAUGGGAUUAGAAAUGGUAGAAAUUAUAAAGAGAGUUAGAAAGGAAGUCAAUUUCAAAGAUUUGAAUAUGAGAAUAGGAAUACACACAGGAUAAUUCUAUGGUGGUAUUAUUGGAACAGAUAUUAUAAGAUAUGACAUUUUUGGUAUUGAUGCAGUGAUUGCCAAUAAAAUGGAAUCCUAAGGAGAAGCAGGCAAGGUUAUGGUAAGUGAAGAUACAAUAAGAUUAAUCAAUAUGCAUUUUCCUGGAGAAUAUAUUUUCACUCCAAAUAAAGAAGUAGACAUUCCUGUUGCUAAGUAGAAGGUUUAGGCAUAUUUUGCUACAAAAACAUAUAUAUUAAAUCCUCAAGAUAAUACUUGA